AUGUCUCACAAGACAGAUCGUCAACACCUCCACGAGGAAGUCAAAUUCAUGCUCGUCACAAGCCUAUGGAAGAUGCAAAUGGCCGAUUGCCUCUCUAUCAAACCCUUUUGGUCCAAUCCGCUGAACAAACUCUCGUUUUCAUUCACGAAGCUCGCUAUUCUCAAAAAGAUGAAAUUCCCCGACAACGUCAUCAGCCAGCAUGGCUACCUGAUGCUGGCUAAUUUUCAGUAUUGCCAAUUGAUUUCCUUGAUGACCUCUCAAGAACUCAAUAUCUGGUUUCUCGAGUUCCUCGACCCAUGA